AUGGAUCCUGCAGCCACACCCAUCAAGCUGCACCCACGUCAGACGCUGGAAUAUGCAGUGGCUGCUGUGCAUGUCGGCGAGUACAACUUCUCGACCGCAGUCAUGCAGGUCCAGAGACGUGGCGUCGAAGCAUCCUUCGCAAUCUGUAAUCCCGGUCGCCCCCUCGGCUGCCCGGCGCUGUCUGAUUCGUUCGUCCUCGCCAGCCGUCUUUCCUCACUUGGAUUAUCGUCCAUCCCAACUAGCACAUGCAGCUGCAGAAGAAUUUCUGUCCACGCUACUGCACCAUGCUGCUGA